AUGCAUGUUUUUAUUCUGUCUUAUUUUGUGUCUGACAUUUUCGGCGUUAACUGAAUUUUUUAUUUAAUCUUUGGAAUAAUUUGAAAAAAAAACAGAAUAAAUAAAUAUGGAAUCCGAUGAAGCAGUUAUUUAUAAAUUAUGGCGUGUACUUAAAACUGUAAUGCAAUUAUGUAAUGAUCGUGGAUAUCUGGUUACACAGGAUGAAAAAGAUCAAACAUUAGAACAAUUUAAAGAAAAAUAUGGUGAUAAACCAAGUGAAAAUCAUCCAUCACGUAGUGAUUUAAUUGUUUUGGUUUCACAUAUGAAUGAUCCUACAGAUCAGAUGUUUGUAUUUUUUCCUGAUGAACCAAAAAUCGGUAUUAAAACGGUUAAAAAUUAUUGUCAUCGUAUGCAAGAAGAAAAUAUAACACGUGCUAUUAUUGUCGUACAACAAGGUAUGACACCAUCAGCUAAACAAGCAUUAGUCGAUAUGUUACCAAAAUAUAUUAUCGAACAAUUUUUGGAAUCAGAAUUAUUAAUCAAUAUUACUGAACAUGAAUUAGUACCACAACAUAUUAUAUUAACAGUGGAAGAAAAAGCUGAAUUAUUAGCACGUUAUAAAUUGAAAGAAAGUCAAUUGAUGCGAAUACAAGCAAGUGAUCCGGUUGCACGUUAUUAUGGUUUAAAACGUGGACAAGUAGUUAAAAUUAUACGACCAUCAGAAACGGCUGGCCGUUAUAUUUCCUAUCGAUUGGUUGUUUAAAUCAAAAAAAUUUUUUUUCUUUCAUCAAUCAAAUUUCAUUCAUUUUACAAUCUCAUUUAAUUAACAAAAUUUAUUUUUUCAUUUAUCUCAUUAUAUA